UGUUUUUCUUCUUCUUCUUGGAGUGAUUUCUGCGCUCUGCCGUGGAGCUUCAGAAGACAAACGAGCGGAGAGGAAACAAGCUGCGCAAACGCUUUCCAGCGUUGUUAGUUUUCUAUCCAACGUUUUACGUGAAUUUGUGAAUGAAAGCGGCUGAGGAAGAGGAGGAGGAGCAGGUUAAGUGGACGCUGCUUCCAGUGCACGGAUCGCCUGCUUUUAAUGCGCAAAAAGAAUACGCGUUUUCCCUCACAGAUCGAAGCGCUUUAGUCGGGCAGACUUUUGCGCUGUACUGGGGGGAGCUGCAAACUUUCUUCAUUUUAAAAAUAAAUAAAAAGCUCAGAUUGCAUUCUUUCCCCCUUCAAACAUUUUGGAGGUGAUGUCAUCGGCCCGUGUCUUGGCUGCUGUUGCGCUGGAGCUCCAGAAUUGAAUCCGGGAAAUCAGGUGCAGGGAGCUGCGAGUGUGUGCCGCUUUCCUUCUGCUUUCACUUUCUCCCCCUCAUUUGACCUGGACCGCGCCGCCGUCUCUCCGGCGCAGCAGUCAUGACCGAGCACGCUCCGCGAUACCCGGAGUCCAGCUCGCCGCCGCGUCUUCAUCACUCCAUACCCGUCCAGGUGCUCUGCCUCCCGCAGCGCGUCAUUUCGCCCGUAGCGGACCAGCAGUGACACGAACUCUCAUGCGUGCGCAUGUACUCCACGGAGUUUUAAUCCUUAUCUGUGCAAAGACAUUUUCAGUAGGCAAAGUUACGCUUGGACUGCUAGAAAAACACUUGGCGCGAACCUUUCGCUGGCUGUCGAAAAGUUUUUACGAGCGGAAACGGCGCAUAGGUGUGGGUCGCGUUUGAACUUCGCUUCACCUGUUCCUCAGACUCCGGAGGAUUCAGCUUCGCCCCGCCUCCUGCCCGUUACUGACCGCGCACCGCAACCAUCCGUGUCGACUGCCGCGGCGCGCUCACACCCCGCUGACCCCUUGCCGCCCGUUGACGGUGAAAAGAUGCAAUCCACCGGCCCCAGCGGGAACAUCCGCGGACCCUGCAUUCAAACGGAUUAAACAAACUGGAAAGACGUGAAGCUGUGACCCCCAGAGUCGUUUCGCAAGCGCGCACGGAGCCAUACGGACGCGGAGGAAGCGAUGUGGGCCUUUCUCUCCACGGUGGCUGUCUUGUAUAUUCAGAUGAUGCUGGUCAUGUGUAAUCCUCUACAGGUGUUUGGAGUGGACGGGGUGAAUUUCAGCGUGCACGUGGAGAAUCAGACUCGUGCACGAGACGCCAUGAGCCGGAGACAUCAUCGCGUGUACCAGCUUUACAGCCGCACCAGUGGGAAACAUGUCCAGGUGCUCGGACGCAAAAUCAGCGCACGAGGAGAGGACGGAGACAAAUAUGCCCAGCUUGUAGUGGAGGCAGACACCUUCGGCAGCCAGGUGCGAAUCCGAGGGAAGGAAACCAAUUAUUACCUGUGUAUGAACCGAAGAGGAAAACUCGUAGGCAAGAAGGCUAGCAAUCGUAGUGCAGACUGUGUCUUCAUCGAGAAAGUCCUGGAAAACAACUACACGGCGCUAAUGUCGGCACGCUACACGGGGUGGUACGUGGGCUUCACCAAAAGAGGGCGCCCUCGCCGUGGUCCGCACACGCUUCCCAACCAGCAGGACGUCCACUUCAUGAAGCGUUUCCCACCCGGAGAGCAGCCGGAUUUACCGCCGUUUCGCUUCACCACUGUCAGCAAGAGGAGCAAGAGAGUCCGAGCGGCGCGACCGCGCUAACGCUGAGGCCAAUGUCCCACUGCUAACAUUUACAUGAGGACGAGGAACAAACCAAAAGUCCCAGUGAAAAUGACACUGCUAAUGCGAAGCAGGACUGUCUUGUCUUAUUUGAACAGUGACAGCAUCACUUUAUAUUUCACUGGGUUGGACCUCUAUAACCCUAAUAAUAAAUUCUAGCUAAAUUACACCAGAGCUGUGGUUAAGACAGCUUGCUUCAGACAUGGAGAUGACUAACCAAAGCAAACGUCUGGCCCAGUGGAGGAAGCAUUGGGCUGCGCAUACAUUGAGCAGCUCACAAUGAAGACAUGAAACAAAACACAAGCACACAGGCCUGUAGAUGCAGAUCGUGUGGCAACUUUUCUAAGACAAGACUUGGACGUGAUUCCGCCUAAGGGAGAGGAGCGGAAAUCCCUGAACCUGCGGAAGAAAGAAAUGGACACUGACUGGAAACUAAGACAGAAGGGCUGUUAUAUGGGAGCUCCUGGGAUCAGACCUGCCUUAAACGAUGCCCUCAGACAAAAAUGAAAAUUCGGGCAUCAUUUACUCACUUCAAGUCACUCCAAAGGCAUAUGUUUGUUUUUUUUUUGUUUUUUUCCACUGCAACAGAGAAUAGCACGCAUGUUUUUCAGACAACAGUUCAUAGUUAACGUCUGUCAAGCUCUCAAAAGGACAAAAAAACUAAACAAAAAGUUAAUUACGACACAGCUAUAAGUUAAUAUUAAUUGUGACCCUGGACCACAAAACCAAAUUAAGCUAAAUUAAGAUUUAUACAUCUGAAUGAUGAAUAAAUAAGCUUUCCAUUGAUGUAUGGUUUAUUGGGAUUGGGCAAUAUUUGGCCGAGAUACAACUAUUUGGAAAUCUGGAAUCUGAGGGUGCAAAAAAAUCUAAAUUCUGAGAAAAUCGUCUUUGAAGUUGUCCAAAUGAAUUCUUAGCAAUGCAUAUUACUAAUCAAAAAUUACAUUUCGAUAUUUACCAUAGGAAAUUUACAAAAUAUCUAAAUGGAAAGAAAAAUCGAUAAUUUUGACCCAUACAAUGUUUUUUUUGGCUAUUGCAAAAAUAUAGCCUUUAAAAAUUAUUUAAUUAUACUACCACUAGUACAAGUAGCAUCAAAUCCUUUCUUCCAUAUUGUGAUGUACAUAAGGAUGAAAGUGAUUACUGAACAAGAAAAAAUGUAGGGCGUAGACUUGGUUCUAUGCAUCGGUUGCUGGCUGGAUGUCGAGAUGUGGGUGUGGCAAUCAGGAAGGGGUGGAGUUUAAGCAGACUAAAUCAUUGGAGCAUCCUGCAUACAUCAGCAAAGCGAAAUCAGACGUUUCACUGGAAGAUCCAGUUAAGAAAUUAUUAAACACUACAACGUAAAAACGAUUUAAAAAUGCAUGGAUGAAUCUUUUAUCAUAAGACCAAUGCAUAAUCAUCAAACAGUAUGACUUCAAAGACUUAGUGCAGUAGUCAUGUGGACUACAGUUUUAGUGUUUAAUUUAUUUUUGGAGCUUGACAUACUCAUUAUGAACUCUAAUUUUGAGGUGAGCAAAUAAUGACGGAAUAUUAAUUUUUGGGUGAACUAUGUCUUUGAAGCUAAUGAAUAAAUGAAUGUAAUUCUGUAUAAGUGUGUGUGUGCAUGUGAGUGCAAUGGCGUAUUUCAGGUUGCAUUAAAGACCGUGAGGGAUAUAAUCAUACGUGACUUAUUGCUGGAUGGACAGGAUUUACCGGAACUGGAAUGUAAAGGAUAAUAAAGAGGAAACUCUCUUAAAGCUGCACCAAAUACAAACCAAACCAAAGACAAGUGGUGACCAAUGACAGAGACAACCUGAACAGCUCCGAUCCCACGAGAGCACAGGACGGGUCGCCACGAAAAAUGACACGAGGAGCAACGUUCCUGUUUGGAUUUUAAUGUGGAAUGCUGCUACUGGGAAAUAUAACGGAGAACCAAAGUCUUAUACCAGCUUAUUAAAGGAAAAACAUUACAAAACUUUUUUUUAAAUAUAAAUAUAUAUAUAUAUAUAAAUAAAUAAAUAUAUAUAGAUUAAUGCUGACUAAGUGAUAUUACUUUGACUGCUACUAUCAUUGUUGUUACUAUAAAAGAAUUCCACUUAUUUAUUUUAUCUCUGUGUAUGGCAAAAACCUUUCCAAAGCCAGUAAACUCUACAGAAACCUGUCUGUGUUUCAAAACA